AUGGCCUCUACUCUACCCCGCCUACCGGUUUUCGAAGCAAUUGCGAGCCAUGACCCGCGCUCGACUGUUGCCAUACACUCGAUCUCGGGGAGGAGAUUUGCAUACGGCGAGCUGUUGAAGGAUGUAGCGGAGGCCAGAGACAGGCUCCUUAUGACCCUUCUCUCUAUUUUGGCUAUGCAUUCAAUCGCGGUUCCUCUAUCUGCAGCAUUCCCCGCGCCUGAGUUAAAGUACAUUAUGGAUCAUAGUCAGGCCUCGAUGUUGUUGUCGUCGGCCAAGUUUGAGCGCAAGGCCCAAGAAGUCCUCGAUGAAGCAUUAGAAGCAACACCAACGUUCGUCAAAUUAAAAAAGAGGCUUGGAGGUGGUAGUACUGCGGAUGGGAGUGUUGUAUUGCGAGGUCCUAGUGAUGGAGAAGGGGGAAUGAUGCUGUACACUUCUGGAACUACAAAUCGACCAAAAGGCGUUUUGCUUCCACAGAGGGUUAUGACCGCACAAUGCAAACCCUUGGUCAAGGCCUGGGAGUAUAGCCCCGGAGACCACCUACUACACGUACUUCCGCUACACCAUAUCCACGGCACCAUCAACGCUAUAUUGGCGCCCCUCUUUGCGGGAGCUACAAUAGAGUUCCUCUUCCCCUUCAACGCAACAGCUGUGUGGUCGCGGUUUGCAGCGCCUUUUCUCUCAACUGGUAAUAGCGACCUAAAACCUCCCACCAAAGAAAAGAUUACAUUCUUCACGGUUGUUCCAACAGUCUACAACCGACUCCUGUCUACGUUCCCUGACCUUCCCGUAUCCUUACAAAACGCCGCAAAGCAAGCCAUCUCUCCACAAAACCUACGCCUUAGCAUCUCCGGUUCUGCGGCCCUCCCAACGCCUACGAAGAAGGCUUGGACCGACCUAAGCAGCGGCAAUGUCAUCCUCGAGCGUUACGGCAUGACCGAGGUAGGUAUGGCGCUCUCCUGCGGCCUCGCUCCAUCCGACCGCGUAGACGGAAGCGUUGGCUGGCCUCUCCCGACCGUAGAGGUGCGCCUCGUAGAUACGGAGUCGGGAGAGAUAAUCCACCCCGGUGAAGAGGUCGGUCCCGAUGGACGUGAACGCGACGGUGAGAUCCAGCUCCGCGGGCCGACCAUCUUCCAAGAGUACUGGCACAAUGAAAAAGCGAUGCGGGAGGAGCACGUUGAAAGCGAGGAUGGAAAAGGGCGCUGGUUCAAGACUGGUGAUGUGGCUGUCCGGCGUGCCGUUCCAAGCGCAGGUCACAACGAUGCACAGAGGGACUGGGCACAGGGCCCUAUGUACUUCAUUCGAGGGCGGAAGAGCGCUGAUAUUAUCAAAUCGGGCGGAGAGAAGGUCAGUGCCUUAGAAGUCGAGCGCGAGUUGCUUUCAUUGCCGCAAAUCGCGGAGGCGGCAGUGGUAGCAGUGUCCUCUGGAAAAUGGGGGCAGAAAGUCGGUGCCGUGGUCAUCUUGAAGAAAGGCAUGGAAUGGAGCGAAAGUAGGAGUGGUAAGAGAUGGGGCCCACUGGAUAUGAGGAGGGCGUUGAAGGAGAGAAUUGCGCCGUAUAAAAUACCCCAAGUUCUAAAGAUCGUGGACGAGAUUCCGAGGAAUGCAAUGGGGAAAAUUAAUAAGAAACAGCUUGUCAAAUCUGUUUUUGUCGAGGAGGCAAGCGGUGAUGAGAUGUAG